AUGGUCCGCAAACUCAAGUAUCACGAGCAGAAGCUCCUGCGGAAGCACGACUUCAUCACAUACAAGCAGGAUGGCGACCACCGAGACGCCGCAGUGAUACAUGAUUCAGAAGCCCGAGGAUUAUGCUAUGCGGCGAUCAGCCUGAUGCCUCCGGAAAACGCGGCCCGCCGAAAGCACGAGCAACUGCUCCUCGACAAGCUGUAUGACAUGGGUGUUCUCUCCUCGGCCUCGAAGCUCUCGGCCAUCGAACACAAUGUCACAGUCAGCGCUUUUGCAAGACGACGUCUCCCCGUCGUCAUGACUCGCCUUCGCAUGGCCGAGACCGUACAGGCAGCAACGAAGCUCAUCGAACAGGGACAUGUUCGUGUGGGCACGGAAACAUGUGUCGAUCCCGCGUUCUUGGUUACUCGCAGCAUGGAGGACUUCGUUACAUGGACCGUGGGCAGCAAGGUCAAGAGAAACAUCAUGAAGUAUCGCGACAAGUUGGACGACUUCGAGUUGCUGUAG